GUCCUUUCAUUUUCGAGCUCGCCCUAGAAAAUUAUAUAUACACAGCAGAACUCUAAAGUCUCUCCCCCUUUCGAAUCAAAAACAUUGCCCUUUCUCUUCUCCUCUUUCAAUCUCACACCUUCGAUAAUCUCACCCUUAUCCCUAGUCCUCGUCUUCGACUCUCUCAAUCUCUCAACCCUUCAUCUCAAAACCUCAUUCUACCUAUAACAACUUCGAUAUGCGUCUCUCUCUCAUCGCCCUCUCUGCUCUCCUUUCCGUCACCUCGGCCAGGGUCGCACCCCGUCAAGCCGGAUUGGAAGGCGCUCCUCAGUGUGUGCCCAACUGUCUGGCUGUGGCUCCGUACAACAACGGCCCUUGCGACCCGUCCGACCAGGCCUGUUUGUGUCAAAAUGAAGGGACCCUCGCCGCUGUGAACGGUUGUCUGGCGGACCAGUGCCCUGACCAGCUCGUCGAGGCUCAAGCGUUGGCUUUGCAAUACUGUGCUGCCAUCGUCGCCAGCCAAAGCGCCGCUCCUACCACCACCGCCACCGCCACCGAGACCGAGACCGUUACCUCUUCUUCCACCGCGGCCGAGAUCAGCGAGACCGUCUCCGCCCCUGCCCCGACCUCGACCGCCACCGCUACAGAGACCGCGACCGCUACGAUCGUCUCUACCACCUCGCUCGACGCUGCGGCCGCUGCUUCUGCCAGCGUUUCGUCUGCUGCGGAGAGCGCGAGCGAGAGCGUGGGCAGUGAGGUCGAGAGCGCUACUUCGGAGGCUGUUGCCAGCGCCUCGUCCGCCUCGGAAUCCCUCGCUGCUAGCGCUUCGUCCGUAGCCGCCUCUGCCUCCGAGGCCGCCGCGACCGGGAUCUCCAGCGCCGUCGCCGGAGUGACCCAACGUCUCUCUUCUGCCGCCUCGUCCGCCUCUUCCGCGGUCGCUUCGGCCACGUCGACCGAUAACGCUGCCGUGGGUCUCGUCAACGCCGGCAAGAUCUCUACCGGGAUGUUGGCUGGAGUUUUGGCCGUCGUUGUCGCCCUCUAAAUCGGUGGCUCACUCGGAUACGAGUCGGAGGGUAGUGUGGGGUAGACUUGUUGUUUCUGCGGAUAUAUACACGGGACGAACGCAAGGGUUUCUGCUAUUUCCUCUAUUUAGAUUCUGU